GACCUGCUGCCUUCAGUAAGCUGAUGAGAAACACCAUCACCCGAGGAGGAUCAUGGAAUAAACAUGGCCCACAAUAGAAGCAUUUUCCUUGAAGCCCUGGAUAGGUCAGGCGCCAGGCGAGACGGAGGGUUCAAGCACAGCUGGAGCUUUUCUCACUCCGAUGACAGUGAAGAGGAAAGGAGACAUGAAGCGAGCGUGGUGAGCAUGGAGGAGAUGAACCGGCAGCAGCCCACCUCCCCCGAGGAGAAAAAGACUCCCUCUCUCCGGCACUUCACGGCCUCGGAUCCUCUGAGGACGUAUGAAAACCGGCCGAACAGUCACAUGAGGCCUCUGAACCGGCUGACCCCCAAGAGGCUCAGCGAGGUCCCUCUCACCGUAGCAGCAACGUCCUCCCCCAUGCCCAACAGAACCAACUAUUUUAUCAUCAGCCCCGCGCCUUCACAGGGAAUCGUUUUACAAGGACGACACUUUCAGCACGCACAGAUGCCCUCGGCCAUAAGGAAACCAGUCCAAAGCAGCCUUGAUUUGAAGGACAGAAGUGAAUUCUCCAACACGCAGCCGGGUGCAGAGCUGGACAGCAUCGUCCUCACCUGUCCAGAGAUCGCAGAAAAUGAGAGCUUGAGCAUCAAACGCCGCGUCCAGCAGAAGAGGAAACCUCUGGAGGAUUGUUGUAGUUUUCCUUCACAGGUCAAAGCAGCAGAGCCUCUCCGGCCGACCGUCUACCAUUCAGUCUGCAUGAAGUGCAACAAGCCGAGCGAGGACCCCAGUAAAUGUCACACCUGCGGGUACAACACCACUCUGGUUCCCCUUCCGCAGGCCACGCUGUCAUCCCCGACCCCCAGACCCCCCAUCAGAUCCCAGCCUUCCCCCGGACCAACCAGCCUGCAGCAGAACUUCUACAAACCCGCCACGACCAUAAGGGUGCCCCGCGUGGAGACCCUGCCGAUCCGGAUCACGAGCACCAGAGGAACCCUGGUGCCCCUGAACAACGGCAGGUCCCCUCUGUUAGCCGGGACGUCCAGCUGCUGUGGUGCCAGAAACCCCCCCAAAGGGAAGAGGACCGCGGCGCAGAGGCACGAACUCAACGACCCCAUCGUCCUGUCCAGUGACGAGGAGGAGGAGGCCGACAAUGCCAGCACAGGGAGCAUCAACAGACUGGACAGCGUUUCCCCUCGACCGGCUGACUCGGCUCACUCCUCGCCGGCGCCCUCCGGAGGCCGAGUGGAGGCUGCGGUGAAGAGCCCCGGGGAGCAGUACGACCUGGGCCAUGAAUUCUUCGAAGACGUUGACAUGAAGAUCACGAUACCGCGGAGAGCACGGAUGAAGGACCAGUUUGGGAAUCAGCCUCCGGAGCAGUUUUCUCCGAGGACGAAGAAACCCAAAAUCUUGCCCAACAAGUGUGACAGCAUCAUCCUGGAGUGUCGGAGUGUGAGAGUGGGAACUCUGCGCAGGAUGGUCACCAAACCUGUGGUCUUUUCCAUCGACAGCAUCCAGCUGGAAACUGAAGGCCCGGAGCCCGACACCCUGGAGAAGAUUUGCCUCCAGGCGUCGGGGCUGAUCAGCUGUGAGUGGUGCAGCGUGCGGAAACUUCCGGUCUUGUUCUUCCAGACGACUCAGGAGGAGUGCGUCCGCCUGCGUCAGCAGCUCAACAUGUCACAGGAGGAGGGGGGCCAGUGGUACGACUGCACAGGAGACCACACGGACGAGAAGUUCAUCGUCCUGAUCUUCGAGAACGGCCUGGUGAUGAACGAGCAGAUCAUCCUGGAGGACAUCCUGGGAGAGAUCGGCAAGACCAACAACCUGAGCAACUUCCCCGCAAAGCUCACGUUCGAGGAGGCGAACAUCCGGCUGGUCAACUACAACAAGGCGUCCAAACAGAAGGAGGAGAAGAAGACCGCUCAAAGCCCUUCAAAAGUUGCCCAUGUCUCCCUGGUUACCAAGGUUACCCCGGUGACCCCGGUCGCCAUGCCGACGAGAACACGCAUGGCCACACGCCAGCACAGCAGCACCUACGACGACGGCGGCGAAGAGGAGGAAGACAUGACGGACCUGCAGCCCACCUUCUCCGGACCGAUCAUCAAGUUGAUGGUGUACCCGCCUCCUCCAGCCAAAGGAGGCAUAUCGGUCACCAACGAAGACCUCCACUGCCUUAACGAGGGAGAAUUCCUCAACGACGUCAUCAUAGACUUUUAUUUAAAAUAUUUAGUUUUAGAGAAAUUGAAAAAAGAGGACGCACAAAGAAUCCACGUCUUCAGCUCCUUCUUCUACAAGAGGCUGAACCAGAGAGAGCGCAGGACCGUCCCGGACGCCGCCAACCUGCCAAUCCAGAAAAGGAAGCACAACAGGGUAAAGACGUGGACUCGGCACGUCGACCUUUUCCAGAAGGACUUCAUUUUUGUUCCCAUCAACGAGUCGGCCCACUGGUACCUCGCGGUCAUCUGCUUCCCGGGCCUGAAGAGUCCGGCGUUCGAGCAGAACCCGCUCUACCACAGCCGGUUUCCAGCCUCCACCUCGACCUCCAACCCCCCCUCAGAGGAGAUCAUCCCGGAUCACUGUCGCCCUCUGUCCCCGGACAGAGACGGUGUGGACAGCUCCUCAGAGGACCGGUUGUUACCUGGCUUCCUCCAGAGUCCAGAGGGUCAGAGCGACGGUGACCUCGCUAACGAGAACUCGACCUUGGCGGGGAGACAAGAGCCUUCAAACACUGCGGCGGCGGCGGCGGCGCGUAACGGACAGACGGACACAGAGCAACCGUACACGAGUGAGUUGCACAGAAUCAGCGUUUGCUACGGUUCAGGAAAACGAGACGACGACACCUUCACCUUCUCUGACGACCAGAGCUCCUGUCAGGAUGAGUGCAGCGAGGACGGGACUGAAGACGCCGUCGCCUCAGACGCCUCGGCUCUGGCGUCCAAACAAAACCUCUGCAGACAGCCUUGUAUCCUCAUCAUGGACUCUCUGCGAGGUCCGGCGAGGUCGACUGUGGUGAAAACGCUCCGAGAGUACCUGGAGGUGGAGUGGGAGGUGCGUAAAGGGACUCAGAGGAGUUUUGGGAAGGAUGUGAUGAAGGGCUCGAGCCCACGUGUGCCUCAGCAGGAUAACUUCAGCGACUGUGGAGUCUACAUCCUGCAGUAUGUGGAGAGCUUCUUCGAGAAUCCCAUCCCGAGUUUCCACCUGCCCGUGAACCUGUCCGAGUGGUUUCCUCAGCAGCGGAUGAAGACGAAGCGCGAGGAGAUCAAGGAUCUGAUCCUGAGGAUUAAAGAGCAACAGGAAGCGGACAAAAGGGAGUCGGACCAGGUCGAGGCGCCAUCUGGCUCUUCUGAAGAGCCCGAGAUCGAAGAGACUUCUGGGUCCACGGAGCGGCCUUCAAACUUUCCCAUCAGUCCCUGAAACAACCCCCCCCUCCCCCCCCCCCCCCCCCCCCCGCUACCUUCCUCUUCCUGUUUUAUCCUCGGUCACUCUGGGGGUUCAGUGAGAGGGGGGGCGGAGCCUGAUUGUAUGCUGCUGGUUUCACAUCUCGGUUGUCUAAAAACGGUCCCUUAACUUCCCUCCAUCACCACAGACAUGAAACACCUUUAAAUUUUUAUGGAAUAAAAAGUGUAAAUAUGCUGGAGUUCUCCCGCUGCCUUUGUAAUUUUACCGUCUCCUGACUCAGUCGUGAAGCGGCCCCCGUUAAGUUAUGUUUUCAUCCAUGUUCUUCUCUCCGGGAGAGGAUCCAUCGCAGAAGAAACUGUGGCGCUCUUGCAUCCUUAUUUUGUAUGCUUUCUAGUUGUGUAGAGGAAAAAGAACAAAGACUCUAAAAGAAACUGAAUAGAAGACGUUGCUGUUCUUUGUAAGUUAUCGAUCCACGUGUCUGGAAUAAAAAAAGAAAGAAAAGAAAAGCGUUUUCCUGAAGUUUGACUUCCAGGUCACAGGUCUCAGACGUAGCUCAGUGCUUGUUGUGUCUCUUCCAGAUGGAGUGGAUCCAUUUCAGCAUUAAAAGAAACACAGACGCAAGAAGCA